GGCUGCGGCUGCGGCGGCGCGGCGCUUGAAGGGGCCGCGUCGGGCGGAGCAGGGCGCCGCCAACAUGUCGGAUACGAAGGUAAAAGUUGCCGUCCGGGUCCGGCCCAUGAACCGAAGAGAGCUGGAACUGAACACCAAGUGCGUGGUGGAGAUGGAAGGGAACCAGACGGUCCUGCACCCUCCUCCUUCCAACACCAAGCAGGGAGAAAGAAAACCUCCCAAGGUGUUUGCCUUUGAUUAUUGUUUUUGGUCCAUGGAUGAAUCAAACACAACAAAAUAUGCUGGUCAAGAAGUUGUUUUCAAGUGCCUUGGGGAAGGAAUUCUUGAGAAAGCUUUUCAGGGAUACAAUGCUUGCAUUUUUGCAUAUGGCCAGACAGGCUCCGGAAAGUCCUUCUCCAUGAUGGGCCAUGCUGAGCAGCUAGGCCUCAUCCCAAGGCUCUGCUGUGCUCUCUUUAAAAGGAUCGCUCUGGAGCAAAAUGAGUCACAGACCUUUAAAGUUGAAGUGUCGUAUAUGGAAAUUUAUAAUGAGAAGGUCCGGGACCUCUUGGACCCCAAAGGGAGCAGGCAGUCGCUUAAAGUCCGAGAGCAUAAGGUCCUGGGGCCAUAUGUAGAUGGUCUGUCUCAGCUGGCUGUCACCAGCUUUGAGGACAUCGAGUCAUUAAUGUCUGAGGGAAAUAAGUCUCGAACGGUAGCUGCGACCAACAUGAAUGAGGAGAGCAGCCGCUCUCAUGCUGUGUUCAACAUCAUCAUCACACAGACGCUGUAUGACCUGCAGUCCGGGAACUCGGGGGAGAAAGUCAGUAAGGUGAGCCUGGUAGACCUGGCGGGGAGUGAGAGAGUGUCGAAGACAGGAGCUGCGGGUGAGCGGCUGAAAGAAGGCAGCAACAUUAACAAAUCACUUACAACCUUGGGGUUGGUGAUAUCAUCGCUGGCAGACCAGGCCGCUGGCAAAGGCAAAAACAAAUUUGUGCCUUAUCGAGAUUCGGUCCUCACUUGGCUUCUUAAGGACAAUUUAGGAGGGAACAGCCAGACUUCUAUGAUAGCGACCAUCAGCCCGGCUGCAGACAACUACGAGGAGACGUUGUCCACGCUAAGAUACGCAGAUCGAGCCAAGAGGAUCGUGAACCAUGCUGUGGUGAAUGAGGACCCCAAUGCCAAAGUCAUCCGAGAGCUGCGAGAGGAAGUGGAGAAACUGAGAGAGCAGCUCUCGCAGGCUGAGGCCAUGAAGGCCCCCGAGCUGAAGGAGAAGCUGGAAGAGUCUGAAAAACUGAUAAAAGAGCUGACAGUUACGUGGGAAGAGAAGCUGAGGAAAACGGAAGAAAUCGCACAGGAGCGACAGCGGCAGCUAGAGAGCAUGGGGAUCUCCCUGGAGACCUCCGGAAUCAAGGUGGGGGAUGACAAGUGCUACCUCGUCAACCUGAACGCAGACCCCGCCCUCAACGAGCUUCUGGUUUACUACUUAAAGGAUCACACCCGGGUGGGUGCCGACACCUCUCAGGACAUCCAGCUCUUUGGAAUAGGGAUUCAGCCUGAGCACUGUGAGAUCGACAUCGCCACAGAUGGAGACAUCACUCUCACGCCCAAAGAAAAUGCAAGGUCCUGUGUAAAUGGCACCCUCGUCUGCUGUACUACCCAGCUGUGGCACGGUGACAGAAUCUUAUGGGGAAAUAACCACUUUUUUAGAAUUAACUUACCUAAGAGAAAGCGGCGGGAUUGGCUGAAAGACUUUGAAAGAGAGACGAGUCCUGCAGAGCAUGAUCUGGAUGCCGCGAGUGAGGCUUCCUCAGAACCAGACUAUAACUAUGAGUUUGCGCAGAUGGAGGUCAUCAUGAAGACCCUGAACAGCAACGAUCCAGUUCAAAAUGUGGUCCAGGUCCUGGAGCAGCAGUACCUGGAAGAGAAGAGGACGGCCCUGGAGGAGCAACGGCUCAUGUACGAGCGGGAGCUGGAGCAUCUCCGCCAGCAGCUCUCCCCGGAGAGGCAGCCACCGAGCAGCGCCUCUGACCGCCUGGCUUAUAGCAGCCAGACGGCCCAGCAGAAGGUGACCCAGUGGGCUGAGGAGAGGGAUGAACUCUUUAGGCAGAGCUUGGCCAAGCUUCGAGAGCAGCUGGUGAAGGCGAACACCCUGGUGAGGGAAGCUAACUUCCUAGCUGAGGAAAUGAGCAAGCUCACUGACUACCAGGUGACGCUUCAGAUCCCUGCGGCCAACCUCAGUGCCAACAGGAAGCGAGGAGCAAUAGUGAGUGAGCCAGCCAUCCAAGCCAGGCGAAAAGGGAAGAGCACCCAGGUGUGGACCAUUGAGAAGUUGGAGAACAAGUUAAUUGAUAUGAGAGAGCUUUACCAAGAAUGGAAAGAAAAUGUCCCUGAGGCCAAGAGGCUCUAUGGGAAGCGGGGAGACCCUUUUUAUGAAGCUCAGGAGAAUCACAACCUCAUCGGUGUGGCUAAUGUGUUUUUGGAAUGUCUCUUCUGUGAUGUGAAACUUCAAUAUGCAGUACCCAUUAUCAGCCAGCAGGGGGAGGUUGCUGGACGUCUCCAUGUGGAGGUGAUGCGUGUCACAGGAACCGUUCCAGAGCGCGUGUCAGAGGAUGACUCUUCAGAGAACUCUAGUGAAAGUGGGAGUCUUGAAGUGGUGGACAGCAGCGGGGAAGUCAUCCACCGAGUCAAAAAGCUGACGUGCCGGGUGAUAAUUAAAGAGGCAACUGGUCUACCCUUAAGCCUCUCAAAUUUCGUCUUCUGUCAGUAUACAUUCUGGGACCAAUGCGAGUCUACAGUGGCUGCCCCAGUGGUUGACCCAGAUGUGCCUUCCCCACAGUCCAAGGAUGCCCAGUACACGGUGACCUUCUCUCACUGUAAGGACUAUGUGGUGACUGUCAGCGAAGAGUUCCUGGAGUUCAUUUCCGACGGUGCGCUGGCGAUUGAAGUGUGGGGCCACAGGUGUGCCGGGAAUGGAAGCUCCAUCUGGGAGGUUGACUCACUCCAUGCGAAGACAAGAACGCUGCAUGACAGGUGGAAUGAAGUAACUCGAAGGAUAGAAAUGUGGAUUUCCAUACUGGAACUGAACGAGCUAGGGGAAUAUGCUGCAGUGGAGCUGCACCAGGCGAAGGAUGUCAACACUGGAGGUGUCUUUCAACUCAGACAGGGUCACUCCCGUCGAGUGCAGGUCACAGUAAAGCCUGUACAGCAUUCUGGGACACUGCCACUCAUGGUUGAAGCCAUCUUGUCAGUAUCCAUUGGCUGCGUGACUGCCAGGUCCACCAAGCUGCAAAGAGGACUGGACAGUUACCAGAGAGAUGAGGAGGAUGGCAAUGACAUGGAUAGUUAUCAGGAAGAAGACUUGAAUUGUGUGAGAGAGAGAUGGUCAGAGGCGCUCAUCAAACGACGGGAAUACUUAGAUGAACAGAUAAAAAAAGUCAGCAAUAAAAAAGAGAAAACAGAAGAUGACGUGGAACGGGAAGCCAGGCUGGUAGAGCAGUGGGUGGGGCUGACGGAGGAGAGGAAUGCAGUGCUGGUCCCUGCCCCUGGCAGCGGCAUCCCUGGUGCACCUGCUGACUGGGUCCCGCCUCCCGGGAUGGAAACACACAUACCAGUUCUCUUCUUGGAUCUGAAUGCGGAUGACCUCAGUGCCAAUGAGCAGCUGGUGGGUCCCCAUGCAUCGGGUGUGAACUCCAUCCUGCCCAAGGAGCACGGCAGUCAGUUCUUCUACCUGCCCAUCAUAAAGCACGGUGAUGACGAGGUUUCUGCCACAGCCUCCUGGGACUCCUCCGUGCACGACUCUGUUCACUUGAAUCGGGUCACACCACAGAGUGAGAGAAUCUACCUGAUUGUGAAGACCACGGUUCAGCUCAGCCACCCGGCAGCUAUGGAGCUGGUGUUGAGGAAGCGGAUUGCAGCCAAUAUUUAUAACAAGCAGAGUUUCACCCAGAGUUUGAAGAGAAGAAUAUCACUGAUAAAUAUAUGUUACUCGUGCGGCGUGACCUAUGAGAUAGUGUCCAAUAUACCAAAGGCGACCGAGGAGAUCGAGGACCGGGAAACACUGGCCCUCCUGGCAGCGCGCAGUGAGAGCGAGGACGCUCCGGACGGAGAGACUUACAUCGAGAAGUACACGCGGGGCGUGCUGCAGGUCGAGAACAUCCUGAGCCUGGAGCGGCUGCGGCAGGCCGUCACCGUCAAGGAAGCACUCUCUACCAAAGCCCGGCACAUUCGGAGAAGUCUGAGUACACCGAACGUUCACAAUGUCUCCUCUAGCCGGCCGGAUCUCUCUGGCUUUGAUGAAGAUGAUAAGGGCUGGCCUGAGAACCAGUUAGACGUGUCUGACUACAUCUCCAGUUACCAAGAUGUUGCAUGCUACGGGACUUUACCCAGGGACUCGCCUCGCAGGAGCAAAGAAGGUUGUCCACCAGAGAAUCCUCACGCCUUAGCAGCCAGCCCUUUUAAAGCAUUCUCUCCUCAGCCACCAAAGUUUUUCAAGCCCCUAAUGCCUGUAAAAGAGGAGCAUAAGAAAAGGAUGGCCCUGGAAGCGAGGCCUCUCCUCAGCCAAGAGAGCAUGCCUCCAUCUCAGGCACAUAACCCUGGCUGCAUUGUGUCCCCAGGAAGCAAUGGCAGCAGCAUGCCAGUAGAACACAGUAGCAAACCCGAGAAGAAGAUUGACUCCGAAGAGGAGGAACAUGAGCUGGAAGCUCUCAGCAGGAAGCUGAUGCACGCACAGCCUUAUGUGCCUGUGGAGUUUGCUGACUUCAGUAUUUACAAUGCCAGCUUGGAGAACAGGGAGUGGUCUUCGUCUAAAGCAGACCUUUCAGACCCAAGAGCCUCGGAGAAAGCAGUGUCUCGGAGCCCUACCACCAGCAGCCUCACCAGUGGCUACUUCUCCCAUAGUGCCUCCAAUGCCACACUGUCUGACAUGGCAGUCCCUUCCAGCGACAGCUCAGACCAGCUAGCCAUCUCAACAAAGGAGGCCGAGUGCAGCGAGCACUCGGCGCCAUCACUUGCGCCUGAGUUUAGACCAGCUUCAAGUCAAGAGCCUCCAGAAGUAGAAAGGGGCUUGGGGAAGGAUAAGACAAUCACCGUGCCACUGGAGGAAAACAGUGCCUUACCCAAGGGGAGCCCAUCACCCCAAAGCAUCCCUGAGGAAAAUUCCAGAAUGCCGUGCAGGACUGCCUCAUGUUCAGAACUGGAUGCUGGCCCCAGCAAAAAUGGCCAACCAGCCAGAGAAUUCUGCCCAGGAGAGGUGACUAUAGAACACACUACAAACAUUUUGGAGGACCAUUCCUUCACAGAGUUCAUGGGUGUGUCUGACGGCAAAGACUUUGAUGGUUUGACAGAUUGUUCUGUUGGAGAGCCCUCUGGUAAGAGGGACCUAGCAAAUGAAACAAACCUUAACAGUGACCCAGAAGGAGCCCCAGAUGCUGGCCAGCUGCAUUCCAAGAUAGAGAAUAACCAGGAAGCCACAGCCACUCGGUAAGAGGCAGCCAUGCACCUGCAGGCCACAGCUCGGCAGCUUUGUUCACCCGUCCCACCCUGGGACAGUAUGUGCUCCAUCUUCAGACAGCUGUGACCCAGCUCGACCUCAGACCAGCAUGGGGGAGCCCUGCACUUCCCCUCCCCAGUGGGAGAAGCCACACUCUGUCCCACGGCAAAUCACAGCCCCUGCUCCUUUCAGAAAGGACAAGAAUCAAAAUCUCGGCUUACCUACGUGGCAGUAUUUUCGUCUGCACUUCCUAUAUGCCCCCACUGUGUAAAGACCUCCACAGACUCAAACUUUAUUCUUGUACAUUUUUAAAUCAGUUCUUACUGCAGACUCUGGAGUCAAUGCUCUGAUUUUUUUAUAAAUAAUAUAUAUUAUGUAUAUGAAUUGUGUAUCUGUGGUAUGUCUGUUCAGAGACAUAUCUGCACAUUAAAAUGCAGAUAAGUGAUUUGUCAAAAAUCACAAGGUACUGGACUCUGUUGCAAAGCGACCUGGAUGACUGCUUUGACGCGAGCAGAUGAGAAACAUGUUUUAUUAUGUAAGAAUGAGCUUCUAAGUCCCUCUUUAUAGAAAACGCUGCAGGCGCUGUUCUUUAUAACCAAAGAACUUCUGAGACUGAACCAUGAGUCUUUGCUGUCCACUCCUGUUUCGUGUGAGUAUAUAAUCCUCAGUCCCAGUCUGGUGCCAUACUUCCC